AGCCGCAGACGCGCCCCCGGCUUCGUCGCGGUUCGCGGCUUCGGUGGCCCGCCGCCAGGGCCUCUGCUUGGGUCUCCGGCCGGCUUCCGCCAGGGAAAAAAACGGCCCGCGCCGGAAGCAUUGUGGCGCUGCGCGGCCCGCCGCCGAUUAACACGGUGGCCAAGUUGAUGGAGAGCGUAGCCCUCCACCGCCUGCCGCCCGCGGAAGACCGCACACAGCGCGCCUACUUGGGAGGAAAGUAAGCCCACAGAAACCCUCCUGCUCGAGCUUGCCGGACACCUGGAAAGCCUCGCCAGGCAGGGCAAGGAGGCGCGUCUGCGUCUGUCAUCCGGGCGAACACUGCAGGCGCGUUUGACUCGGUCUGGCGGCCCGCGGCCCCAUUCCAUUCCUACGCACACGCGCGCGCAGGACAUCGAAGACGCGGACUCGCUACAAGCGGACCCCUUGGCCGUCGAUGAAGUGCAUCUUUCGGGCCUCGCGCAAACGAUUGCGCUCGUACUCCGGGCACUCCGCAGCGGGUGCCGUGUUGACGGUGCUACCAUCUGGCGCGACUGCUAGCCUCACCAGCCUCGCCAUGGACGUAAUCGACCCGGGAGCGCCUUGCUCUGUUGCCGCGCACGCUGCGCCUCUGCGAGCGCCCCGCCGGGCAUUGAGCGCGGUCCCAUCGGCUUGGCCGCGGGAAGGUCCGGGCGCGACAAAGAUGGACGAGCAGGCGCACUCCGGGACGGUGCCGGCUGUGGAAAGCGGAGGACUUAUCGCAGGCCGGCUUCCGACCUUGCCGGCGAGCCACUCCAAGCAAGCGCGGCCCCCUUCUUUGUCGUUUCCCGAGAAGCCCGGGCGCGGGCUUCCUUUUCGUUUGGGGGCCGGCCCGCCCUGCCGAUUAUUUUUGAACUUCUUAAUCAGUUCGCCCGGGCAGGGGGCCGGCCGGGGGGAAGAGCCGGGGCGCGGGGGCACAGCGCGCCGAUGCGGCCGGCAGGAUGGCGCGUCGGUCCAUCUGCUGGCACCCCGCACGCCCCCCGCCC